UUUAAAUUAAGAACACAGAAAAUAUCGAAAAUACCAGUUUCAACACGUGCAUUUUGUUUUAACUCUUUUAACAAUGGAUAUUGUUAGUGAAAUAUUAAAAAAGUCAGCUAAAAAUGAUAAUCAAAUUAAGGAAAUAACAGUCGAAAAAGAUAUUGAACUCGAUAUUGAUGUAGGAACUCUUUUGGCAUCUGACUAUAACGUAUUUGACAACAAAAGUUUCAGCUCGAAUCCAGAGGAAUUUUUGCGAAAUUUAACACGAGAUAAUGUACAGUUAUUAAUUAAUAAAAUUUGGGAAUUACCAACGGAACGUGUGGAAGAAGCGAUUGUCGCUAAAUUACCAAAUGCCACAUUCCUUUUGCCUCGGGCACGUAAAGUACCAAAGCCGAAACCCUUAACGAAAUGGGAGGAGUUUGCCAAAAAGAAGGGAAUUACGAAAAAGAAGAAGGGUACAUCGAAACUUAAAUGGGACGAAGUUCUUCAGAAAUGGGUUCCUGGUUAUGGUUUCAAACGCGCCGAAGCUGAUAAACAGAAAAAUUGGCUAGUGGAAUUACAAGAUGACGGAACACCAAAAGAGGAUCCAUUCCAAGCGAAAACUGCCGCAAAACAAGAGAGACAAGCUAAAAAUGAACUUCAAAGAUUACGAAAUAUUGCGAAGGCGAAGAAUGUUAAAGUUCCUCGAGUUGGACUUCCAAGUUCGGCUCAUUUUAAAAGUGCCAAACAACUUGCAACGGCAGUUACAGUCGCUCGUGUUUCCACAGCGUCUGUUGGAAAGUUUCAGGAUAGACUUCCGAAGGAGAAAGACGCCAAGGAUAUUGCUGCACAAGUGCCUGGAAUGAAGAGGAAAAAGGAGGCUCCUCCAAAGAAUGCUUUAGAGGAGAAGAAACGCAAUGUCGACGUGAUGAACAGUAUUCUUAAAAGCAGGAGUAAAAUACUCAAAGACGACAUUGCGACACCUUCUACAAGUACAUCGGUAAAUUCACGUGAACGAGAAGGAAAGAAGAAAAAGUCCGGCAAACCUGGCAAGGGAGCGAAAAAACCAAAAGCUGGCAAAGGAAAGAGAGAUCCACACACAAAAGUGGGAGGAAGGAAACGAAGGUAGAGAAAUUCAGAGCUAAGUUACGUACUGUAAAUUUUAUUUACUUCCAACUUUAAUAAAUUAUAUCGUCAAUUUA